UGGGUUUGUCACACGAGUGCGUCAAAUCUCCCAACCAGGUCAUCGCUUUCACCGACUACUUUGUGAAAUAAACAGCUGGAACACUCUUCCAGAUGAAUAGUUUACUUUUACGCACAAACGACGUUUACGCACCAGUCAGUGGACCAACUGAGAAACAUUUGGCUUUUUUAUCAGAUGGCGAAUUUCUGUUUUGCCUGUUCUGUGGAAUUUCCAGGGAAAUAUCCACUUGUGACAAAGUUGGGUUGAUGCCUUGUUAUGUCCAUUUACAUGAUUAGUGAAGCUAUGGCUGUAAACGUGUGGCGGAAAUAUCAGCCAGCCUUUGAAUGGCCCGCGCUUUGAUUCUUUGAACGGGUAGACAAAGCAUCUGAUGGUAAGGAUGUGUUUACCAUCAACAUUUUGCUUUAGAAAACGAGUAUGUGGUGGGAAAUGCGCUAUAGGGCUCAGGGCAAAAAUAUUUGCAUAAUCGAAUGAACCUUCAGGCCUAGGCGUUACUUGCCCCACAGCAGCUAUAGCCUACCUUUAGAAAAACCUUACUGCCGUUAACACCUCGAGAUGCGCACUUUGAGAAAAUGUGCCACCAAUGACGCUUCCUAGCUGCGGAUGAGGGCUGUGCCUGCAGGGCGGGACUCGGACUCAACCCACCCUACACCCACCACUCUCUCCUGACAGACAGUUUUAGAUGAGUAGUCUACAGACGAACUAAUUGUGAACAUGUUGACAAGGAACUAGCGGCCACUCCGUCUAAUUAGACUCCGAAGACACUGGCAAAUAAGAAUUACAUUCCAUGUGGACUUUGCACUUCAAGACCUAAUAUUUCAGUCCAAGUUGGAGAGUGUGGAGUCUUUUUUAUUCCUUGAAGUUACUCAGAGGCGUCGACUUUCCGCGCACUGAAAGGACAUAACUUUAUCAUCAUGCCUCGGUCCUUUCUCGUGAAAAAGUAUUUUACUAAUAAGAGACCAAACUACAGCGAACUUGAAGACCAAAAUGACGCACUGUUGGAGAGGUACCCGCUGGCCGAGUUGGCCCCAGGCGACAGUAGCCUGCCCGUGACCUGCAUCACCGCCAGUCUACUUUGGGACGUCAGCUUGCUCCCUGCCCUUCAGCUCCCCAUGUCCCCCGCCGCGGCCCCGCUGGACCUCAGCUCCCCGUCCAGCCUCAGCAUCAUUACCAGCAGUGGCAGUAGCAGUAGUGGCAGCAGCAGUAGUGGCGAGGAGGACGAGGGGGGGCGCACCUCAGACCCCCCCAGCCCCGAAUCCACAGAGAACUACAGGCCCCCCCAGCGACCGAGGAGGGCCACCAGCGGCAAGAACCGGACGGCUGCCGUGGCGGCGUCCAGAGAGGAGCAGAGGGAAGCCACAAGCGUCACAGCAGCCGCCAGGCCGGCCUUCUUCUGCAAGCACUGUCCCAAAGAGUACACCAGCCUGGGGGCCCUGAAGAUGCACAUCCGUUCCCACACGCUACCCUGCGUCUGCCCCACCUGUGGAAAGGCCUUCUCACGGCCCUGGCUGCUCAGAGGACACAUCCGCACCCACACAGGCGAGCGGCCCUUCUCCUGCCCGCACUGUAACCGGGCGUUUGCCGACCGCUCCAACCUGCGCGCCCACCUGCAGACCCACGCGGACGUGAAGAAGUACCAGUGUGGCACCUGUUCGCGCACCUUCAGUCGCAUGUCCCUGCUGCAGAAGCACAGCUCGGCCGGGUGCAGCGUGCCCGCCGUCUGACCCCCAUGACGCCACCCACCAACCCACCACCAUCGCCACCAGCAGGGGCGUUCAGGGAGAAUGCGGGGAUGCAGGCUGGGCUGCGGGUAGGGGGGUGGGGUGGGAUGGGGGAUGUGACGGGUGUUGGAGGGGUGUCGGGUGUGGGAUGGUUUUGAAGGUUUUGGUGGUGGGUGGUUAGACACCUCCGUCGACACCUGAAAACCCAACCCCAACCCCCUCACAAUCCUGUUCCUCUCCCACCUGCCUCCUGACACCCCCACAAACACAUUUCCAAAGAAAGAAAACGGCAAAAGCGAAAGAAAAGGAAAUAAGACUGUUUUGCAGCCUUUUAAGUGCAGUCACUAUUUUAGACCACAGGGGAGCAUUUCGUCUUGGUGCUGGAGAGACAGAUUUUCCUGGACAGUGGGUUUCUCGGUUGCUGAAAAUCAACAAGCAAGCAAGCAAACAGCAAUGGGCCUUUUAUUCCGCGAUGGGGACCAACCAGCAGCUGUUUGUCAAUCGGCAGUGCCUUCCUCCCUAACUCUCUCCCUCCCUUCCUCCAUCCAUCUCUAUCAGGAGCCCACAGGCCCUCACCCCUCCACCGUUCCUGCCGUUGAGGGGGUAUUGCACUCCAGGAGAGAUGGUUCUCCUCGGACUAAUUGUUAUUCCAGAGCGGCCUUCGGUGCCGGGCGGGAGACGACCACCGACCUACUAGGGACAGCUGCCAUCAGUCAGGGAGGUGGGGUGGGGACAAGGCCGUGGAGUAUGGCUGGGGUUGUGUGGGGAUGUGUGUGGGUGUGUUUCUCGCUUGCUCUCUCUCUCUCUCUCUCUCUCUCUCUCUCUCUCUCUCUCUCUCUCUCUCUCUCUCUCUCUCUCUCUCUCUCUCUCUCUCAAUUCCGAAACAUACAUGCUCUCACACGCUCAGCAAUACUCUUUUCUCCCUUUCUCAGCUACACUCUCUCUCUCUCUCACACACACACACACACACACACACACACACACACACACACACACACACACACACACACACACACACACACUCAGGCACAGCUGUUGCCCCGUGCGUAGCAUAAAGACAGGGCGCUAACAGGUGUAAGUGGUACUGGCCUUUGCGGGCCUGAUAUAACAGGUGACGUCCACCCGUUGUUUAGCAAUAGCAGAGAGGAGAGAUGGAGUGGCGCAGACAAACACAGAUGGGGAUGAUGCUGUUUGGUGUAAACUGUACAGUCGUCAGGAUUCUCACCUAUUUUUUGUUAGCGAGACCAAAGACAUUGCAAGACCACUUUAAGGUCAUUUUUUUAAGGAAAACAAAACGUGUGCAUUUUCCCUAUUGUUUGUCUGACUGAUUCUCUGUUUGUUGUUGUUUUUUUACAAAUAAUGCACUCAAUUUACCAUGAAGUGUUAACGGUUUCUUCCCAGAUUCCGAAUAAGUUUUACAGCAGGAGAAGUGUGUGGAAAUCAACCAAGCCAUAUUUUAUAACUUUGAUUUGUAUGUUCUAUGAAAGAAAUUGCUGUUUCUUAACCAAAGAAUUGACUUAAUACCUCAGUAGGAUACAGGUUGGCUAUGGCUGCAGUAUUAGUAUUUUGGCGUGAACAUUUUUUGAUGAUCAUUCAAUCAAAUAAUUGGGACCAUUCUAAUGGAUUCGUAAUGAAAAUACUUGUUGUAUUUCGGGGCUAUGCAGCAUCGUAAAUGGCUAGGUCUUGUCAGCUGCAGGUUCACAGCUAUGUUCUUUUUGUCUUAAAUAAGGAAACCUGCCUAUGAAUGGUUUUUAAAGCAUUUGAAGUAUUCUGGAAACCAAAAAGUACCGUGCAAUCUCUAAAGUGUUUUUUUAUAUAUAAUCAUUUCAAAUGUCAAUUUAUAAAGUAUGUGCUUUUUCAUCCCAUUUUUCCCCUUUUGCCCUUGAAUUCACAUUUCAAUAAAAUUAUUUA